AUGGCGAGCUUACUUCUCGCCGCGGGCGCCGUCGGCUGGACGCUCAAGAAGCGGAGCGGCGGCGCGAGACCCGUAGAUGCCUUGCCUCCCGGCAAGAAGCCCGAGGUCGAGGUGAUGGUGCCGGUUCGCGCCGUCGCCCUCACGGGUAGCGGCACAGCAAAGAGUCCGAAGCCCGGCGUGCGCGCGCGCUUGUUCCGGCGGCUGCCGGGGAUCAGAGAGUCGGCGUGCUCGCCCGCCGGUGGCACCGCGGCCUCACACGCGGCGGAGCCGUGA